UAACAGCCGCUGUCGGCGGGGUCAAGGUGGGAUGUGAUGGUGGGGUCAAAUUGUUGACUCAAACCUGGCCCUGACUUUGGCAUUGCAAAGGCACGAGACGUUCUUUUGAGAUCUUCACCCCCUCUCCUUCUUCCUUCUUUUCACACGCUGUAGUUGUGCUCUGGAACCAGAGUCGGUCCUUCAUUCGCCAUGGCUACUCUCACUGCCGAGGCGCGCCUCGCCCUGAUCCGCGAGAACCUCGCCGAGCUGCUCAACCCCGAAAUCAUCGAGAAGAUCCUCACGGAGGGCGGCAAUCCCAAAAUCUACUGGGGCACCGCGACAACGGGUCGGCCACAUGCUGGAUACAUGGUCCCCGCCAUCAAGAUUGCCCAACUUCUCGCCGCUGGGUGCGAGGUCACGGUCCUCCUCGCCGACAUUCACGGUUUCCUCGACAACCUCAAAGCUCCCAUUGAGCUCGUCGAGUCGCGCGCGCAAUUCUACCGGUUCUGCAUCACAGCCCUGCUCAAGGCCAUGGGCGUGUCGGUGGACAAGCUCAGGUUCGUGCUGGGGUCGAGCUACCAGAAGAGCCCGGAGUACGUCAUGGACCUGUACAAGAUCAGCUCGUUGAUCAGCGAGAACGACGCCAAGAGGGCCGGUGCCGAAAUUGUCAAGCAGAGCGACAACGCGCCGCUGUCGGGACUGCUGUACCCGGCGCUGCAGGUGCUGGACGAGCAGUACCUCGACGUGGACGCGCAGUUUGGCGGCAUGGACCAGAGGAAGCUGUUUGUCGCCGCGACCGAGUGGCUGCCCAAGCUCGGCUACAAGCAGCGCGCGCAUCUGAUCAACCCCAUGGUGCCCGGUUUGCAGGGCAGCAAGAUGAGCUCCAGCGACGAGAACAGUAAGAUUGACCUUCUCGACUCGGCCGAGAUUGUCACCAAGAAGGUCAAGAAGGCGGUGGCGGCGCCCAAGGAGGUCGAGGGCAACGGCGUGCUGGCACUGAUCGAGUAUGUCAUCCUGCCGGCGGCCGAGCUGCGGGGCGGCAAGAGGCAGGUGGUGAUCGACCGGUCGCGAGAUGGGUUGGAGCCCUUGACGUACACCAACAUUAAGGAUAUUCAGGAUGACUACGCCAAGGAUAUUUUGACCCCCCAGCUCAUCAAGCCCGUUGUCACCAACGGCCUCAUUGAGAUUAUGACGUCCAUCCAGGCGGACUACCAAGCUUCCAAGGAGUGGCAGGAGAUCACGCUCAAGGCCUACCCGCCUCCCGUGGCGCCGCCCAAGAAGGAGAAGAAGAAGAAGGACAGGGGAUCGAUGCACCCUCGCAAGCAGCCCGAGGCGGCUGCCGAUGCGCCUGAGGAAUCACGGAAAGAUGGCGAGACAGAGAUACCUGUGCGAUGACGCGAAGAUGAAAUGUAGAUAGGCGGAACAAAUAAAGCAUAUUCAAAUAGUCCAGGCUUGUGAGGAGAUGUUGCUUCAGGUUGGUGGUGCAGCCUGGCUGGCCGGAGCAUUUGCUACUGCCGAGGACUCCUAGGCCAGUCGCGAAUGUGACGGAACGAAGCAGCGACAACCCAGACUGUGGACCAGAACCUCCGCGCCUCAAGUCGCCUCACAA